GCAGGUUUCUUUCUUUUCUUUCCUCUUUGAAAUUACUCCGUAUUGCUUCAUAUUUUUCUUGAGUUUUUUUUUUUGUAAAUGGGAGCGCUCAGGAAGGAAUCGGUUGCUUGUGACGCAAGACCCUGGGAAACGAUUCGUCCGGAAAAAUCAAGACGCGUGAAAAUUGAUCCUAUCACUCAGAUUAAGAUAUACCCGAGGCAAACGCAUGCUGACUCGUCGCAAUUAAUUACAGAGACCGAUUCGACGAAUGAUGCCGAUGACGAGAAAUGUGGAAAGUUCACGCUCAAAGAAGUUGCGGAAAGAAUGACGAGUCAUCACGAUCUCUACUGCAAAUAUCUGGACCCUCGGUCUGCGAAUCCAAAACUGCAAUUCACGGGAAAACUCGGUUACCAAGCAAAUCGGAAAUAUGCCGCAGAAUCCAAUAACGUCUCGAACCCAAGGAUGAAGUUGUCAAAUUUGGAUGGCUUCAGUUUCUCCCCUAUUCAAACCACGAGUGGAACUCCGUCUGAGGCGAUUCUCGCGAAGCGGAAAACGGACUGUGCUCUUCGAGUUCGGAAAGAAUCGUGGAGUGUGCAAACGCUGUGGGCCAAAGAACAUUCCGUGCUUCGUGAUGACGUGGACGAGGCUGAAAAGAGAAGCAAAUCCUUGGUGUUUUCGACGACGGAAGAUGCGAAAGAAAUUCACCCCGAAAGAAUCGGUAAAGUUUUCCGAAACCUUCGCAAGAAAUGUGGAAUGAGGGGCAUCGCCGACGCAGGAUUUUCCGAUUUCAAGUCUCUGGGUAGAAGAAGCGUCCAUGAUCAAAACUGGGACCCUGAGGGCUUUUCUCCGUCUGCAGAUAUCGUCCCUAUGACGAAAUCAAUGUACGGAAUGAAGGAUUUGAGCAUCGCAUUCGGAGACUGGUACCGGCGACUUUCGUUCAAGAUUUCGAAUUGCCACUUUGGACAAGGGUGUGAUGGAAGCAUGAGCAGAAAAUACACGGACAGGAAGCUGAAGAUAUCGAUCGAAUGUCCUUCGCUGAAGACGCGAAACCGAAGGAAUGUGGUGGAUGCUGCGACACGGAUUGCUAGCAUCAUACAAGGAAGAAACUCGUUACUGCGGUUUGCUGCUCUGGAGUCUCGCUGUCAGCCUUCCAGUUGCAUUUGGAGUGGUUUCAAUGUGGCUGUGAAUUCCAUUUUGAGAGAGACCUGUUGCAUUUUUCGAGCCCUGGAACCCGAAACAUGUUCCCGCCCUGAGGCUAUAAACAUUGACGAAAUCACGGCGUCACGCUUGGCCGACUUCGAGGCGUUGCGAAGGUUCGCUGUACUUGCUGACACAUGGGUUGACCCUCUGCUAAUCUCAGCCUUGAGGAUCCUCUCUUUGGGAAAAGCCUGUCUUUCGAUGUUGUGGAUGGAUGAAAGGAACAGACUGAGGAGAACUCACCGGUUGUCAAACUACAGUACGGGCACUGCUUCUCUGAACAUCCGGUAUUCGUUGAAAGUGACGGAAGUCAUCCUAACGCAAGUCGAUCGCAGCAUUUCCCGGAAGCAAAGAGUACCAGGAUAUGAAACCACUGGAGGUAGUUAUAGUCAUGACCAGGCUCUUCACGAAGCCAUCAAGUUUUUGCGAUCCACGGACGAAUGGACUGUGGAGGCACAAGCUGAAGCUUGCGAAGUUUUGGAUAAGGCCAUUAGUUUUCUGGAUGACCUGCAUUGUUUGUCCCUAGCGAUGUUCCACGUGAUGAUCAGCGAAGAGUUUGCGGAACCCUUUCGUCGGUAUCUCCGAAAGUGCGCAGUUUCAGUUGUGCAGAAUGCCGUGGACGACUGCGAUCCGUUUCUCGCACUUCCUACUGUUCAGAUUAUGAAGUACGGAAACAGUAACAGACUCGUGGAAAAUAUCCUUUGUGCCAUGUUUGCGGAGCGAUCAGGAUUGACUCAUUGCAAGGUCAAAGGUCCUGAAUACUGGGAUAGUCAACAAGGCACGGAGCGGACUGUGUUGAACACGAAAAUCCUGUGGACAGCUGCCAUCAACCUGCAUCGAUCGGACACUGGGCAAAUGAAGCAGAAACUGGGUUCGAUUUUCACUCCGCCUCCGGACUGGGUCGUCCACAAGGGCUCUUCAAUCCCGUUACCCAAGGAAAGGAAUUCGGAACUUCGGGAUCGAACUGUUCCGGGAUGUGAUCGGUGUCGACUAGCGGCUUGGAGGUUUCAUAAAUUGCACGAGAGUCUGUGGAACCCGACGGAUCGGGGUUCUGAGGACUGGAAACCCGGCUUUUGUUUGUUUGUUACUGCUAUUCAGAAGAAGCUGUCGUCGUAACUAAUUCUCGGAAAUGAAAGGAGAAUAAAAAUAUUUCUUCUGCGGUUUUUUUUUUUCUU